UGCACAUAACCCGACAACUUUUAAAAUAUCUUAAUAAAUAAUUAAAAUAACCAAUACUAUCGUGUAAAAUAUGAAUCAAGCAGAAAUCUCAAAGUUAGUUUCUCAGUUAAAAAUCAAAGUUAAUCCCAGAUUGAGAAAGUUUAGAAACCCCAAGGGUCCAGAAGAGAGGCUUAAUAAACUGAGGAAAACCGUAACUGCACUUAUUAAACAUGAAAGAAUUGAACUUAACUACCCACGGGCUAACGAAGCUAGGAUGUAUGCAGAGAGACUUAUAUCUGAUGCUAUAAGGUAUGGUGACUGCCACAAAAGUACCAUGGAAAAUGCGGAUUACUGGCUUAUAGAAAAACAGCUAGUUCACAAAUUAUUUAAAGUUCUUGUACCCAGAUACGAAAACUACGAUAUAUCCUACACCAGACUUAUCAAAGCACCAAGGCCCUAUCACCAACAACAUUCCUAUUUAAAAGCUGUGUUGGAACUAAGGGGAAAUCCGUAUCCCUCAUUAAUAACUGAUUAUGCAAACAAUAGAUAUUUGCUUCACAAUGUUCUAUUAGACGAAGCUAGGAAGGCUUAUAGAAACCAAAAAUAUGCAGAAAUAGCAGAAAAAAUCAAUAUGGCCGAUUCAACAAAUGAUCCGGUUCCAAAAAUUAAUAUUGAACAAACUAGUGACAAAACAUUGAAAACCUAGAUCGAUUCUUGAUUAUUUUCUGUAUGUUUCAAUAAAAUUCUGUA